UUUUCCCCGUCUCGAGCUCCAGCCGCCCCAAACCCUAGGUCACCGCCGCAAUCCCGCUGCAAUUCGGAACAUAACUCGGCACCCGGAGAUGCCGCGGAAACGGCGCACGGAAGCGCCUCCCCGCGGGGGCAAGAAGCGGAAGCCGGAGAAGGCGGCCGCAAUCCCUCACCAGAUCGCCCGUACCGGCAGCUGCGAUACGGAGCCUCCGUUGGUGUACCUGGUGGUCGGCCAUGACGUCACUCGCCCCGCCUACUCCAUAGUCAAGGUGAACCCCUUCUUCCCUCGCCGCCGCGCCCCGGUACCGAUCCCAGGACAUCUCGCACGCCUUGAGUCCAAGCACUGCAUGUCCUUCGUCGCCGUGCGGUCGAGGCACGGCCCGUGGAUCGUCGGCGUCGGCGGCAACGCACCCAUUGACUAUGGCCCCGAGACCAUUGUCUUCGACACCAGGACGCACCAGGUGAUCCCGGGACCGAAGCUCUUGUCGACCAAGUUCCGGCCCAUCCUGCUACCGGCCGGCGAGAAGAUCUAUGCCCUGACACGUGAUCCUGCCAUCAAGGGGGAGAUUAAUUUCGUGCCCUGGUUCGAGGUCCUCGACCUCUCCCAGGCGCGAGUGGUCAGUGGCCGUCUCGUGGACUGCAAAUGGGAGCAACUGCCCCGGCCGCCCUGCUUCCCCUGGGAGCUCUCCCCAAGGCACUACAUCUUCCCGCCGGUGGUCUGGGUCAGGUCCUUUGCAGCCGUGAGCUCCUGCAUUCUGGUGUCGACGGAUGAGCAGAAGGGCACGCACAUGUUCAACUUGGAGACAGAGCAAUGGGCGAAACUGGAUGACAAGGAUCUGCCAUUCACCGGAGGCGCCGCCCCUCAUGGCCCCCUCUUCCUUGGCUUUUCAACUGCCGCCAAAAAGAUCACCGCUUAUAAGAUCACAGUCUGCGCCGCCGACUCACCAAGCCCAAGCAUCACAGCAGGGUGCCCAUCCUUGUCAAUCGUUGAGUUCCCGAUGGUGGAUGAGGCAGGGGAGGAGGUCGUUAGCAAUGGCAAAUUUGUUUCCCUCGGUAACCAUGGCUUCUGUUCGUUUAGAUGUCGCACCGAUGACCUUGUGCUGGGUACUCUUGAGCAUACACGGGAACUUGUCACCAUGAGAACAUACGGAACAGAGGACCUCUCACAAGACCACCUCAAGUCUAUUCGCCAUGUAGUGAUCUCCAACCAAUUGGAACAGGUUUACAGCGUCCGCGAUUCACUCCGGGGACUUUCUUGGCCAUCCUUGGUAGAUGUGAUAUCCCUGUGAUGUAAUGAGUAAGCCCCUUUGGCACAGUACUUCACCACAUUGCUUACUUUAUUAAUUCAAUAAUUGUGAUUCAGUUAGAGAAUCUGGGUAAUUUUCAGUUCCUCCCUCCGCUUCCAUAUUAGUUCUCCCUGAUUUAGUACAACCUUAUACUAAAUCAGCGACGACUAAUAUGGAAUGGAGGAGCUAUUUAUUCAAUUAGCAAAAAAGAACAGGCGACAUGCUUUAUUUAUUAUUUAGUUCAGAAUUUUAAUAUUUUCCUAUGCUUUUUACAUAUUUCACUUUACACUACACAACUUGCUUAGUCCCGACCAAACCAUAUACAAACAGAAAACCGUACCCCGACCCUUCUUUUUCUCCCGAAAUGAUAUCCAGCGAACCCUCGUUGGGGACGUUAUCUGGGCGAACGCGUUGGUUGCCGUCCACUUUCCUAGCGCGAAUCACGGCGCAAGGCUUGUGCCAUGUCAACGAUUCAGACUCGUUCACUAUAGACAGAGAACUGGCGAACGUCGCAUCUUUUUCUCUCUUAAAAAAGGACGAGUGGUGUGAACGGGGAGGAUGGGGUUCUCCAACCCGGGACAUCCUGUGGGAGGA